CGUUGAGUUUUCUAAAAAUGCCCAAUUUCUUUGUGGAUUUUAUCGGUAACCGUCGUUGGACUUGUCAGUAUUCAUGAAUGAAGAAGCUCUUGGCCGUUGCAUUCAACGGCUGGGAACUGUAUUCAAAGACCUGGGUCAAGUGUUUUUAGGGUUUUCAGAAAACCUUUCCCAACAGCAUGCUUCUUCACAAACUCCACAUGAGCAGCCAUCACCUUUGAAUGCUCAAUCAAAAAGUACCAAGACACCUGAAAAAAGUAUCUCAACUGAACAAAAGGCUUCUGCGUCAGCGCAACAACGACAACAACAGACCCAUUCUGGCGCAGUUGAAAAAUUGGCUUCUUCUCCGCAGCGUGAAAAGAUGACCACUAGCCCAACAAAGGCUAUGCAACAGACAACUCCAGCCAUAGAACGAAAAGAGUCUUUGACUAGUGAGCCCGCCGUUGCUAAUAAGACGGCGGAACAAGUCAAACCAUCGCCUGUUUCGGAACCUGCUGUCACACCUAUGAAAGAUGUACAGAGUAUCGAUCACGGAAAUGUGGAGUCAUCUAGAAAGAGCGAUAAGAAGAAGAAGAAAAAAGACAAACAUCUGGAUAGUCACCGAAAGCAUAGCGAAUCGAAGGAGAAACAUAAAAAAGAUUCUAAGAAAAAGAAACACAAGCACUCUUCUGAAAAGAAAAAGAGAAAACACGAUUCAGAAGAGCAUGCUAUGGUUUCAGAAGCAAGUGACGAUAAUAAUACCACCGAAAGUUCACAACAAUCUCAACUUCGUACUGUGUCUUCUUCACAAAAUGAUAUUGUCUCGACACAACAAAGGCAGCAAGAAGGGCAAGGACAUUCCAACGGAGAUCACGUUACAAGUCUUGCAGAGAAUGGCCAAGAGGCUUCGCAAAAAAACAAGCGUCCUAGACAAAACUGGAACGAGGAAGAUGAUAAACUAUUUCUUGACAGUAUUAACAAAGCUUUAGGAGCCAAUCCUUACUUGACCGAAAGGGAAGUAAUAGGUCGACUAGAACAGGACUUUGCGGGUAAGCGAAAACGCGAACAACUCCGGAAGCACUAUCAAUCUUUUCAGAAAUCCGGUAAAUUGCCUCCAGGCGCACCUACAAAGAGCGACGCAUAACUUAGAAGAAUAAAAGUUGCCUAGUGUUU